GUUAACUGGCCCACCGGUCUCCAUGACAAACGAACUGCUGACGACACAAUGUUUUUCUUUUAGCUGUAUAACCUGCGGUGUUUUCCCCAUUAACCCACUUUUCCCGUGUGGUGUUGACACUAUGGAUGCGCUAAUAACCGGACAACUUCACUGAGGCAUCAACGUUUCGGACUGAAAGUCAAGUUUUGCGUUUUUCAGCAGAGACAGCAGAGCUACAGCCAUGGUGCAGCAGUACCAGUCCCCUGUUCGGGUCUACAAGCAGCCGUUUGAGUUAAUAAUGGCGGCUUACGCCAGAAGGUUCCCAAAGUGCCCGCUGAUCCCCAUGUUUGUGGACAGCGAGAACCUCAGCCAAAGUGAAAGCAAAGACGGCUCUGUGGUGGUUACCGAGAGACGCUGUACGAUCGACGUGGAAGCCCCUCGACUUCUCAAACGAAUUGCAGGUGUAGAAUAUCUGUACUUCAUUCAGAAGAACACGCUGAAUCGCAGAGACAGGACGCUUCACAUCGAGGUCCACAAUGAGACAUUUUCCAGCAGAGUCAUCGUCCGGGAAUGUUGCAGCUACACGGUUCAUCCUGAGAAUGAGGACUGGACCUGCUUUGAACAAACAGCCACCCUUGAUAUUAAAUCCUUCUUUGGUUUCGAAAGCACAGCAGAGAAGAUAGCCAUGAAACAAUAUGCUAGCAGCAUUAAAAAGGGUAAAGAAAUAAUUGAGUACCACCUCAAAGAGCUGGAGGAAGAAGGAAUAACUCGCAUACCCCGCUGGAUGCCCACCGUGGAAAGAGGCCUCCUCUCUGCUGGCAAAUCUGUCCCAGUGUGUGGCACCUCUGUUCCUGGCAAAGACUUGGCCAAUCCCACAGAGCUGAUGACCAGUUCAAAUGAUGACAAGUUGGAUGCAGACUACAUCAGACGUUACCUUGGCGAUUUAACGCCUCUGCAGGAGAGCUGUCUCAUCCGACUGCGCCAGUGGCUCCAGGAAACCCACAAGGGCAAGAUCCCGAAGGAUCAGCAUGUGCUGCGCUUCCUCAAGGCUAGAGAUUUCAACAUGGACAAGGCCAGAGAGUUUCUGUGCCAGUCUCUGACCUGGAGGAAGCAGCACCAGGUGGACUUCCUGUUGGACACAUGGGAGCGCCCACAGCUGCUUCAGGAUUACUACACCGGAGGGUGGCACCACCACGACAGAGAUGGCCGCCCUCUGUAUGUUUUGCGUCUUGGUCAAAUGGACACCAAGGGCUUGGUGCGAGCGUUGGGGGAAGAGGUUCUGCUGAGACAGGUGCUUUCCAUUAACGAGGAGGGACUGAAGCGUUGUGAGGAGAACACCAGAGUCUUUGGUCGACCCAUCAGCUGCUGGACAUGCCUGGUGGAUCUGGAGGGUCUAAAUAUGCGUCACCUGUGGAGACCGGGAGUUAAAGCCCUCCUGAGAAUGAUCGAGGUGGUUGAGGCGAACUACCCUGAGACUCUGGGCCGCCUGCUCAUUCUGCGAGCACCCAGGGUGUUUCCAGUCCUGUGGACUUUGGUCAGCCCCCUGAUUGAUGAGAACACUCGUAAGAAGUUUUUGGUCUACGCUGGGAGAGACUACCAGGGUCCCGGAGGUUUAGUGGACUACAUAGACAGAGAGAUCAUCCCUGACUUUCUCGGGGGGGACUGUUUGUGUGACAUCCCUGAGGGCAGCGCUGUCCCCAAGUCCCUGUACCGGACAGCGGAGCAGCUGGAGAACGAAGAGAACUGCCUCUUGACCGACUCCAUCUAUAAGAGUGCCAGCAUCUUCAAAGGAGCGCCUUAUGAGGUGCUGAUCGAGAUCACAGAGGCCUCGUCUGUGAUCACCUGGGACUUUGAUGUGUGUAAAGGAGACGUGCUCUUCAACAUUUAUCAUUCCAAGCGGGCCCCUCAGCCUCAGAAGAAAGACUCCCUGGGAGCUCACGGCAUCGCCUCCCUCGGGGCGGUGAACGCUCAGCUGAUUGAUAAGAACUGGGUGCUGGGAAAAGAUUACAGCAUGGUGGAAAAAGCCCUCACCUGCAGGGAGGGAGAAAGUGUGCAGGGCUCCCACGUAACGCGCUGGCCCGGUUUCUACAUCCUGCAGUGGCGCUUCCACAGCUCCGCAUCCUCGGCCGCCUCCAGCCUGGCUCGGGUGGACGACGUCCUGGCCACCCUGCAGGUCUCCUCCCACAAAUGCAAGAUCAUGUAUUACACCGAAGUACUGGGCUCCCAUGACUUCAGGGGCUCCAUGACCAGUCUGGAGUCUUGUCAGAGUGGUUUCUCACAGCUCAGUGCCGCCACCACUUCCUCUAACCGAUCCUGUGCCAGCUCAACUGUUUCAAGGUAGCAUCCAUCCAAAGGCAAAAGGCACAAAAACUUUUUUUUUUUUUUUCUACAUUAUUAGACCUGUUUCACAUGUCUGUUUGACAGUAAAGUUUACUCAUACUCUUAGAUACUAAUUAUGACAUGAAUUUAACUCACUAGUAAAUGUGUAUUUACAUAAUAUGACACUACAGGAAGGAGUUUUCGAUGACAUGACAUGAAAGGCUGUUUGAACAGCUGGUCCUUUCGUGACGUUGCUGAUAUUGACCACUAGAUGUCAGUGUUGUCUCUGACUUGGACGACACUCAGUUCUACGUUGUAGUAGCAGAUCGCCUCUGCUUUUAAUGUAAUAUGAAAUAACUGUUGUAAUAAAGCAAAAAAUUCAUUCCCAGUGUU